GACGAUUGUGGGAACUGUACAGGCGGAACGACUAAUGUUUCAUUUAACGCAAUGAAAGAUUGUGCAAAGGAAUGUGGUCUCUCAUUUGUGGACGAAUGUGGUGUUUGUCAACGUAAAGGUAGAUUUGUGAACUUCACUGACUGUACAGGCAAAUGUUAUGGUGAUGCAAGAAUCAAUAAAUGUGGCUUCUGUGCUGGUGGUACAUCUGGUAAACCAAGGACGCAUGGCGAGGACGCUUGCGGGCUAUGCAAUGGGGAUAACUCGACAUGCCUGGAUUGUGAUCGGGUACCAAAUGGUGGGAAAGUCAGGGAUUUCUGUAAUAAAUGUUUACUACCCACUGACUCGCGUUUCAACUCUGAGUGUGUGAAGUUAAAGAGACCUGUUCCUGACAGUGGACCUUCCGAGGGCGGUAUGAAGGUGAUCGUGCGAGGUGCUGGACUAAAAACGUAUUCCAGAGUUACCUGUAAUAUCAUUAACAAUGCCACCAAUGUCAGGUAAGGUGUCUCACAGAUUUGUGUUCAAGGGCCCAGCUCAAGCCAUGUACCGAACUCUUUGUUUAAGCUCAUUUGCAUACGGAUCGGUACAAGUGUUGAAAUGAGCGGGAGCCAGGUCGCCAAUUGCGACCAUAAUUCUAAAGUCUUAAAAUAUGUCGGUGAUGAAGCAUUUCAUUCUGCUUUUGCAUAUAAUUUGCCACCAAAAACUAAUCCUACCUUAUAACCGCGCUCUGAGAUAGUGCCAAAAAUAUUAACAAGCUGUCGUUGGUAGGAAUGCAACUACCUGAAAAAUAUAAGCAGAAUUUCGACGUUUCGAGCGAAGGCCCUUCAUUUGGAGUUAUUUAUCCUAGGCCAGAUGAUCUUGAUACGCGGAAAAGUACUGGCACUAGUUGUCAAAUAGAAAUCCAUUUUGUGAUUAAAACAACUGAAUAUCUCCUGUAAUAUACUUUAUUUCGAUUCCAUAUUUUUGUCAGAGCUAUAGUUCUCAUAAGCAAACAUAAUUACAAAAUUUCAACUAGUUUCAUAAAGAAUAACGAAAGAUAUAAUUGACUGAAUACAUAAAAAUGGAUUUCUAUUCGGACAACCCUUUCUGAGCGCUGAUUGGCUAAAAUACGAACACGAGAUCACCUGGGGAUUAAGUACGUCUUCAGUUCUAAGUUCUCUCAAGUACGCUGCAAUAGUCACUACCAGUCAGGCACACAAAGCAUCCUUCGCAAUGCAAGAAAAGAUUAUUGACAGUCACUACAUGUACCGUGAAUGCGUAACGACGUUUUAAAUCUUAUUUCUAGGAGAGAAAUUCCAAGCUCAUCAUUUGACGAGAAUGGCGGACGUGUUAUCCAGUUCAUGAGCCCAUCGUUGGCUUCUGGUUACUACACCAUAUUAUGUCGUUUCGACUCCGAAGUCGUUUUCCAUCCAGUGGAAGAAACCUUCUUAGUGUACAACAAAUCUGCUAUAACCUACACCUCAAUAAGCCCCGACUCCACAGACAUCAAUAUGGCUGAGACAGCAGUGAUUAUGGGCAGCGGUUUCGUGAAUACGUCAGACAUUGCAUGUGUCUCACAAGACGGUCGCGUGUUUGAAGCAGAAUUCAAGAGCUCCAUGCGUGUAUCGUGUUCAAUUCCAGCAACCAAAAGUUCGGUGAAACUUUUAUUAGGAGUUUCAUUCAGUCGUGGUGAUCGCACACUUGGAGGAAAUAAUGUAAAUUUCACUAUUUACGCUAAUGCAUCGAACCCAAUAAGCGCCAGGUUCUUGAAUAGUUUGCGUGGUGUUGUGGUAUAUUUCGAUGUCCCCACAAAACCAAAAGUGCGUUCCGUCGCCUGCUCUAGAUUCUUCCCAUCAAGCAAUGCGAGUUUAUUCGGUUCCAAGUCUCAAUGUGUGUUUGUGACUUCGGUAAAAAUGAUCAUCAAAUUGCGAGGAAGGCCUACCCUGGUCCCCAAUGACAAACUGACGUUCAUGCUUCGCUCCAUUACACAACGAAAUCAGAAAGUCACUAAAGAACCAGCGGAAAUGUAUAAAGAUCUUGUGAUUGCUCAGCCCAGAAUUUCUGUUAUGCCAACAGCCAAGCUUUCUGGCACAGCUCUUCUUGGUAAGUGUUGUAGUUUGAGCUGUCCAAGUUUUGAAGGAUUUGUAAGAAAUAUUUGAGGGAGUGUUAAAUCCAGUUCCCUCAAACAUUUCUUACAAAUCCUUCAAAACUUAAAAUUUUACCUCUGCAAAAUUCCUACUGUAAGAAAUAUUUGAGGGAGUGUUAAAUUCAGUUCCCUCAAACAUUUCUUACAAAUCCUUCAAAACUUAAAACUUUACCUCUGCAAAAUUCCUACUGUGAUCACAGAAACUUUGAUGGUGUCAACCAGCUUUUCUCAACCGCCAGGGAGAACGGUUAAGACGAGAUUUUUUUGUAUGUUACGUAACACGCGCUCAAAACUAAUGCGUAUAAUAUACCACUUGAGGUUAUGACUAAAUUUUUAUUUUUCGAUACGUUUCUCAAUCGGCAAACAUACUUAAAAAGUAUGUUUAGUGUUUUAUCUGUAAAAUAAUGCUAAAAUGAAGAGAUUUUAGAUGAUACGCCAAAGAGAAAAUUAUGUCUGAAGUUCAGUAAGUUUUGUUUAUAUGGCUGUAAAUAUGGCGUCAAUUUUAAAGCAUCUUUGAUGAUUGUAUUUUCAAUGACAACUUUUAACUAUUAUUUUAUGUUUCUCAACCGGCAGGUUAGAGAAUAAAGCUAAAACAAAGUAAUUUUGAGAGGAACGCCAAAACGAUUUUAGGUUGUGAACACCCUUCAUUGUAAAUACGUGACAUUGAAAAAAAUUUCCUCUUAAUCAGUACGUUAAGGCCGUUUUCAUUAGGCGGAAUUUUUCGCGCGGAGCGGAAUUUCUCUUUGUCUUUUCUAAUUAGUUCCAACCGAGAAAUCACAAGACAAAGAGAAAUUCCGCUCCGCGCGCAAAAUUCCGCCUAGUGAAAACGGCCUUCACCAUGCUAUGGCGCACAAAGGAUUUAUUAAUCCUGUGUUUUGAUUUAGGUAUUUGUGCAAAACUGCGACUUAACGGUGGGCAAUCAUUUGGCGCUGGUGGUCGCCGUCUCACCUUUAUUUGGAACGUGACUUGGGAUGACCCAUCAGAUUCUUCCAUUGACGCUAACGCCACAGCUGAUCUACUUGCGAUUAGACAAAAUCUGGAGUCCUUGCCCGAGUUCCAGCCCAAAGUGAAAGCCACUCAUGAUAUGAUUGUAGUUGGUCUGCGCUACAAGUUCACGUUAAAGGUGAAGAAUUUCCUUGGUCAGGAAAGUGAUGAAGCUAGUUUGGUCGUGCUGCGAGAGGACAAAUCUUUACCUGGACUUCACUUGGGUUCCAAGAAGAGAAAAAUUAAAACUGCCCUCGGAACCACCUUACAAGGUAAACACUACUGUUUGUUUUAACUCAUUACGUAUCUUCGGUUUAUAAAAUGUCACUAGAUUUUUUCUGUAAAAAUCCUCAUUUCAAUCCUCAUUUUCAGUCAAGCCAAAGGUCGCGACAUCAGGUGAAAAAUUAAACAGCUGAGUUGAACACCACAACCACCAAACAUCCUCGUAUUAUUAAAAAUUCAUAAACAAAACACACAGGCCGGCGCUAUCCAGCGGAUGAUGAUUUUUUCAACCGUUGUAAACUGAUGCUUGAAAAGUUAUAAAACAACGGAUAUGGACCUAAUAAAAAUAUACUUUAAUUUAUAAAUACUAAAGUUUAGACCGGGUUAUAUCAUUCGAUUUCAUUUUCAUACCAUUCAUUUCCCCCCAAGAACGCCUGAUUGUAGGUUAAGGCUAUGUUUACAUUGUAUCGGAUCGGCUUUGCGUCCGACGCAAAAACCAUACCGGAUAGGGCUUCUGUUUGCAUAUGAAAUGUUGUUAUCGUCUCAAUUUCUGCAACGAACCGGUUGUGCGGCGGUUCGCUCUUCGAAGUGGUGCGCGGUGUAUCGGAUUGGUUUUUGCAACGCUCUCAUUGUAAUGUAAACACCAAUCGGAGCAAUUUCGGUUCAAUGCGUGACUCAAGAUGGAAUCUGGCAAACAACAACUUACUAUUCUAAUAAUAUAUAGAAGAAAAUACGACGGCAUAGAUGGGCGGGGGCGGAAGCUGUUUACACUUGGGCCGUAACUUUUCGCGAACGAAACAAAAACUGAUCCGAUACAAUGUAAACAUAGCCUAACGUUAUCCCGCCUUCGUACAACUGGGCCCAGAUCAAUGUUUCUAUAAACUUUGACAGGUGAAAUCAAGCUGUCAUCAUGUUUACCCGCUGGCUAUAAACCUAAAGUUCUCUUCACCUGGGAGAUUCAAGCAGUGGGGGUGGAUCUGGGGGUUGUAGAUAAACCACGAUUGCCCAUCGCACCAGGUCUGUUGGUGGGAGGCAAGGUGAGUGUAUGUAGGGUUUAUGUAUGGAUAUGUAUGGGUAGAUAUCGUUAAAUGUUGGUACAUUCGAGUACAUCAGGGUAGUUUCAAAUUCAUUUGGAGAAAUAUGUAUACAUAUGAGUGGAUAUUGGAUUAGCCUUGUUACUCAGGAAUUGGUAGGUUUAGUUGCGGGACAUGCAAGUCUUGUUACUCAGGAAUUGGUAGGUUUAGUUGCGGGACAUGCAAGUCAACUUCAGAAUGUUGAAACUUGUAUCGGAACAUGUUAACUGCAGGAAUGUUGAAACUUGUAUCGGAACAUGUUAACUGCUAGUCUCCUACGCAGGGAAUGUUGAAACUUGUAUCGGAACAUGUUAACUGCUAGUCUCCUACGCAGCCUGUUCGCGGGUCCGACGCCUCGGACCCGCGAACAGGCUGCGUAGGAGACUGAACAUGUUAACUGCUAGUCUCCUACGCAGCCUGUUCGCGGGUCCGACGCCUCGGACCCGCGAACAGGCUGCGUAGGAGACUAGUUAACUGCAGGAAUGUUGAAACUUGUAUCGGAACAUGUUAACUGCAGGAAUGUUGAAACUUGUAUCGGAACAUGUUAACUGCAGGCAUGUUGCCUCUGUAUGGAAGCACUUGGUAUCAGGCCUCUAACUUGUAUCGGAACAUGUUAACUGCAGGCAUGUUGCCCUGUAUGGAAGCACUUGGUAUCAGGCCUCUUGUUAUAAAAUUUAUUCGCGAUACAUAAUACUUUAAUGCGAUACUAUAUUGACCACCAUCGGCUGCAUAAUAGUGGUGAAAGCCAGCUGUUAAGACCAAUCUAUGCAUGUAAUAUUAACCUGCGCUUUCUCCUUAUUUCAGACAUACACACUGACUCUUACUGCCGCUAUGGCGUCAGAUAUUUCUCUAGCUACUACAGCCACUAUCCAGCUCGAAGUUAUAUCAAGUCCUCUGAAAGCCAUUAUUAAAGGUAACUAUUAACUAAACUGUUACUGUUGCUAAUUCCUUUGCCUUUGCUUAAAAGCGCAAUGGACGCGCAGUAUAGUUUAAAGAAAGUAUAGCCCGCAGCAAACCUCAAAUCAAACUCUAAAAGGACUUGAAGCCUGGAACGAUAACUUGGCCGCUAUCUUUGAAGCCAAAAUCUCAUUUAUAUUCAUUCUUUUCUUCAUUUCUUCCCUCGUUCUCUUUUUUUCAUUCUUUCAAUUUUUUUAUUCCUUCAUUUACCUCUUCAGGCGGUGGCAGUCGAGUGGUCGGGGAAGAUGAUACCUUACUUCUGGAUGGCUCGCGGUCUUCAGAUCCUGACCGCACUUCUGAUAGUGCUGUAUAUAACUGGGAAUGCUUUGACGCGGAGGAUAACCCGUGUUUUGAACCCGAUUCUGAGAACCCUGGUAGAUUGAAAAGAAUGGUGAUCCCGCCUGGUAUUAAACUCACCAUCAUUGUUGCUCAGAUACUCAAGACAAACAGCAUGUAAGAAUAAACUUAACUAACUUUAUUUAUACUGGAUGGCUCUAUCAGGAUUUAGAGUCUUUUAUCUUGCUACAAGCGACGCAUUUAAGAAAUCUAUCAGUGAAACUAAAACACCUGUUUCCAUAAGCUUCUCUGAUUAAUUUACCAAUCCUUCUUUCCAGGUACAAAUUCGUGCUGAUUUUCAAAAAAGGAAGCAGAAGUAACAAGGUAUAUGUCUAUGUUUUUGUGAAGUCUGGAACUCCACCGUCGGCCCUGAUACGUCCAAUUGCUGCGAAGGUCAACCCUACUGAUAUCCUUAUAAUUGAGUCAUUAAUCGUCAGCAAGAAAACUGUAAACGCAACUUGGAGUUGUGUCCAGAGCGAAGGUAGCUUUUUAACUGAAAAUAAACUAACUUUAUAUUUAGCUGUACCAGUUCUAAACUAUUCUUCUUAGAGUUCCAGUAAGGAUCAUCUCUUAUUGAUCCAGUGUUACUAUUGUAAUACUACAGGAGAAAACCUAAACAAAACUAACUUUAUUUAUCUUGGAUAAUUCAACCAGUUCCAACUCAAACGUGUUACUAAAGGAGGAAACCUAAACUGAACUAACUUUAUUUAUCGUGGAUGACUCAAUCAGUUCUCCCUAGAAGUUCAGCAUGAUUUUUGAAGAAACUCGUGUGAUUUUAUUUUGUUUUAGAAUAUGGUUUUGUUGACCUGGAAGGCGAAGGUGUUGCGCUAACACCACGUUUCCACAUGUAUUCAAGUUUCCACGCUUCCACUCUUGGCAAAGCUAAAGUGGUUGCAUCACCUUCAUUAGUCAUCGCUAAAAAUAAACUCGAAGAUGGAGUGACGUACAAAUUCAAACUCACUGCCGAGCACAGUGAUUCAUCGUCCUUCGCUGACAUUGAAAUUACAACUAACGCGGCACCAUCGCAAGGUAGGCAGUACUUGAUAUAAUAUACUGCUUUAUCUCAAACGUCUGGGGUUCAGUGAAGGUUGUAUUUGAGGUUGCAGGUUUAAUCUCCUUGCAAGGCUCCAGGAAGGGCCAUCUCUUUUUGGUCUAGUUACAGGAAGAUGCGUAGUAUCCGGAGAAAACCUUGGGGAAAUGUUUAGGGAAAGUCAGACUGAAAACACUCUUCACGACUAGGGGGAAAUCGUAUUCGUAAAAAUGUAUUUCAAGAUGCCAGCCUCGUCAACAUACGUUGGUUUUCAUGAGGGACGUCGUCAAUUUAUAUACAAAGUAUUUACAAGAAAAUACGUACAAGAGUAUAUGUUGAAUACAGCAGGUGUGACCCAUACAUUAACAUUAGUAACAGAAUCAAAGAUUAAUAUUUCUUUGAAAAUGUGGAUUGAUCGUGCCUUUUUUGCUUCCCGAGAAAGGCUGUUCCAAAACUUUGCCCCGCUGUAUUUAAAACUUUUUAGGAAUUCCCUUCUCGGUUUUGGGAGAGCUAAAUCAGUAUAGCUAUUUCUUAAGUUGAGACAACUGCACGUUGAAAAUCUUGCAAGAAUUUAAACCAGGGGCGCAGAGGUGAAAAUUGCGUUCACUAACCACCGUGCCACGAACGAACUAUUCUGCCGAAACAACACUUUGACAUAGACGUAUCGACAAACAUUUCAUCUAUCGUUUAGGAACGUUGGAGAUCGAGCCAGCCUCGGGAUUCUUCGGAAACACGACAUUCACGAUCACUGCUGCAGAAGGCUGGGAUGAUGACGCGGAUGACUUACCGAUGAUGUAUCAGUUUGGUUACUAUAUCCAGGACUCGGGUGAACUUCGUGAAGAACUCCUCGGGACACCAAUUGAGGCAAACAGUCUGGAAGUUGAUCUACUACCACAAGGUAUGCUUUUGAAGGCUGUAUUAACCAGUUAUAUGUAGGGUGUGUAGGUGGUUGUCCCUGGCCACUAUCGUUCAGCAGGUGGUGGUUAAAACUUAAAGUUAUCCGAGUAGUAUUUAUCUUAAUCUGGUAUGUGUAGUAGUCUUCCGUUUUGUGGCCAAAAUCUUCAAAUAAUGGAAUAUCAAACUGAAUUGAAUUUUAUUGGAUUGAAAAUAUGCCCAAAGCUGCCCAAUUUUCCACCUAUUUUCCUUGCUUGUUAAUCUGCUAAAUAUCUUAAAUUCAUUCAUUUUAGGAGAAGCAGCUAAUAACUACAGUCUAACGAUGUUCGUCAAAGUAUCUGAUAUUUACGGUGCCGUGACAACACAAGAAGCGACCGUGACUGUAAAGCCUGUACCGCUGGAUGUUUCCGCUGUCAAUGAACUGGCUGGCGCAGUGGACAGUGAUUUUGAGUCGGGAGAUUUGGCGAAAGCAGCAGGUUUGUGAAAGCCAUAUUUUUUAUACUGGAUAACUCUGUCAGCUUCAAACUGUUCUCCCUAGAGGUCCAGUAAGGAUCAUCUCUUAUUGAUUCAGUGAUACUACAGGAGGAAACCUAAACUAAACUAACUUUACUUUAUACUGGAUAACUCUGUCAGCUUUAAACUGUUCCCCCUAGAGGUCCAGUAAGCACCAUAACUCUGUCAGCUUUAAACUGUUCCCCCUAGAGGUCCAGUAAGCACCAUCCCUUAUUGGUCUAGUGGUAUCAUAGUCUAUCAAGGCAUGAUGAUCUGGAAACUAAACAUAAGUCAUUGUUUGAUGUUUUUGUCUGGGUUUAUGUUAAUUUGUGUAAGGUCGCUGUGAUUAAGUUCAUUGUAUUUUGACAGACUACAUAUUUUGACAGACUAUGAUGGUACUACAGGAGAAAACCUAAACCAUCUUCUAUUUGUCCAGUUUCUCAAUUUCUCAAAAAAUUGUUGUUUAUAUUUUCAGCUAAGGCGAAUGCAGUUGCGGCAGCGUUAUCGAGCAGUAAUGCAAAUGACCCCAAUGUAACAAAAGCAGUGAAAGAAUUUAAGAAGGCUGUCACUGAUAAGGUAGGUAACAAUGAAAUGACCAUGGAACAUUCCGAUCACUGGGUCGUGAGUCUCGUGACUGAAUGGAACUGUUAUGCUAAUGGCCAUUUUGCAUCAAAAUUGAAACUAAAUUUUGAUACUUUUUGUGGUGAAAAUUGUAAAUUCUUAUCUGCAAUCUUAUAAACUUUAUAAAUCACAUAGUAAAUUCUUAUCUACCGUUCAUAUCUAGGUAUUGAGCUCAGUCGAAGGGGGUGGUGCCCAGGACAAAUCUGGGAGAGAUGUGGUGAAAGGCUCGUUGUUACUGAUGACGAGUGGAUGUAAACCAGGCUGUGAUCCUGGCAGAGUUCUUCGAAACUUGUUUGCAAUGUUUGUUGGGCAACUUGUGCAGUCUUCAAGCAAGAGACGUCGUCGUGCUGUUGUGGUCGAUUACGACAGCAUUGAGGUCAGGACAGCAGCUGAGGUUGAAGACAUUCUUAAGAUUUCACAAAAUGUUCUCGACCCUGACGAUUACACAAACAGCAGUUUGGAGGCGAAAGCUAGCUUCUUAUCGACAGUUGAAGGUCAAGAGCCUCCGCUAUGUAAAGGCCUUGCAACAGGAGGACCUUAUGAACUGGCCAAGACAAAUAUUACCGUAAUGAAGGCGGUCAAAGAUACAUUUUCAAGUGUAGAUACUGAAUUUAUGGAGAUUUCUACUUCGACAGCACCAGAGUAUAUAGAAGCAAGUGUGAUGUACAGACUAGGACAAACUUUGAAGACGCAAUACGAGUCAUGGGCAUGCACUGUUGAUGAUGCGUGUACUGGGACAUGUAUUGCAACUGCUCAGGUAAGAUGUCGUCAUGAUCAUGAUGGUAGUGGUGAUGAUGAUGGUAGUGGUGAUGAUGAUGGUGGUGGUGAUGAUGAUGGUGGUGGUGAUGAUGAUGGUGGUGGUGAUGAUGAUGGUGGUGAUGAUGAUGAUGGUAGUGGUGAUGAUGGUGGUGGUGGUGAUGAUGAUGGUAGUGGUGAUGAUGAUGGUGGUGAUGAUGAUGAUGGUAGUGGUGAUGAUGAUGGUGGUG